AUGCAUUUCUCAACUGGUAUUGUCGCUACUACCCUGGCGGGUAUCGCUACCGCUCAGAAAGUUCACGUCGUGUCCGUCUCGUCGCCCAACAACUCCCUCGCUUUCUACCCAGACAACCUCAAGGCCGAUGUGGGCGACAUGAUUCAAUUCCAGUUCCUCGCGGGUAACCACAGUGUCGUGCAGUCCAAUUUCGACAACCCUUGCACACCUAUUCAGGCCAUCAACGCCAGCCAGCCCGGUAUGUUCUCCGGCUACAUGGCCGUCGCCGCCAGCGAGUCCACUGGCAUGAUCCCCGUAUACACCAUGGAGGUCAAGGCCGCCACCCCGCUAUGGUUGUACUGCUCCCAGGGCAAGCAUUGCCAGGCUGGAAUGGUCAUGGUUGUGAACGAAAACACUUCUGCCAACUCAACAAGGUCUUUGGCAAACUUCAAGGACCUUUCUGCUGCCGCGACUGAGAACCUCGACCCUACCAAGAUCUCUGGCGCCGGCAGCGGCGCUGGCGACACCACUGGCGGCACCACCAGCUCUAUCCCCAGCCCUACCGAUACUCCCGCGGCUGGCCUUGGUUCAGCUGUUUCCGUAUCAGCUUGGACAGGUCUGCUCAGCAUUGCUGCUGCUCUUGCCUUGCUAUAA